AUGCUAUAUGAGGCAGUGAUCACGAUGAAUAUCCUAGCAAGCAUUAAAGCGAUUGGUGAGGGGCAUGUUGAAAACCGAAGUCUGGAGAUUGAUAUCAGCAAUUUAUCUUUAAAUUAUGGUGUAAUGAAACGGAACAACAAAAUAUCACGCGAGGAAAUACCCAGAGAAGACAAAACCAGUUUCUUUGCAAUACGAGCAAAUCAAAUUGUCAAUAAGCAUCAGACGGGGCACAAACAAACGCCACACACCAUGAAGAGGGCAAUGACUAUAAAUUUGCACAAGAAUCAAAACUCGACUGGAUAA